AUGGCUGCUUUCAGGGUAAAUCCACAAAUUACGUCAUUCCGCCUGAAUAAAAUAUUUUGCAACCCCCGUGUUAUGCUAUUUUCAAAAGACACGUUGAAAGCAUUUGCUGAAUCCAAAGGUGUUGAACAGAUGGACAAUGAUGCAUAUCGUGUAUUAAGUCAAGACUUGGAAUACAGAAUCAAGGAAGUUUGUCAGGAAGCAGCCAAAUUCAUGCAUGCAUGUCAUAGAACAAAACUAAGCACGACAGACAUCAACAAUGCACUGAUAAGCAGAAACGUGGAUCCUCUCUUUGGAUACGAGUCACAGGACAUUUUGAUGUUCAAGGGCCUUCCCAGCGGGGCAUAUUUUGUUCCUGAUGAGGAAAUUGAUCUAGAAGAGUAUCUUGACAAGCCAUUGCCAAAGAUUCCGCUUAAGCCAUACGUUCAGAGCCAUUGGCUUGCAAUUGAAGGUGUUCAGCCACCGAUUCAGCAAAAUCCAAUCAUGUUGGAUAAGCCAGCACAAAAGAACGAUCACAUUUCCAAUUUCCAAGAAGACAUGAUCAUAAAAAAGCAGAUCAAGCACAGAUUAACAAAGGAACUGAACAUGUAUUUUGAGAAGAUUCUCCAAGUAAUGGACACUAAUCCAGCCAUUUCCAUGGAUUGUCUUGAAAAUGAAACAGGUAUUCAGCAACUGGUGCCAUAUUUCAUUCAUCAAUUCAACACCGAUCUUAGAAAUGAUAUUUCCAAUGAGAAUAGAUCCAAGACGAUAUGUCUGAUGUACUACAGCCUUCUCAAGAACAAGUUUCUGUUCAUUGAUCCAUAUUUGCACGAAAUACUACCGUCUCUUCUGACCUGUGUGAUAGGCAGCAGUGUGACUGAAGACGUCCGUAAUACGGCAAUGGACGUUAUUAGAUACGUGUACGACCAUUUUAGUUGUAGCUAUCUGACACUGGCACCUAGAAUUGUUAAGACAUUGAAAACACAUUGGGAAAAUGAAAGCAAAUCACCUGAAAGCAGAAUUGCAGCAAUAAAGUGCCUAUGCCUGUUAUCGCGUGAAAUUGUGCAGGAACACCUUUCAAAAUCUAUUGAAAGCAUCCAGAACGAAGAAGUCAAGAAAGCAUCACAGGAUUUCGUAAAGAAUGCCUUGGUUGAGAAUAAAUAA